AGAAGCUUAGCUGGGGACUGGCAAACGUUCAGUUCGUCAUAAGCGCCUGCGACAUAUCGACGCUCUUAUUAAGUCGCUCCUUGGACUAAUUAACAGCUGUUAAAAAGAUCGCGUAAAGUGGUUUUGGCGAAGACAACCCCAGUUUUAGAUAAACAUAACUUAAUAUGUCGGAGUCUUUAUAAUUUGGGAUUUACAAACAGCAUUAAUGGCACUACUAAAACAAAGGUAGCCUCUACAGAGGUAGCAAUAUGCCAUACAGGGGGGAUUUUAGCCUUGUCUUGUUUUUUUGCCUGACCGCGCCUGGAUGCGCUUCGAACUGAGUGAAGAACUUGGUACAGCAACUCAGCACCUUAUCAGAGGCUCAUUAUUUUGAAGAAAUGAAUUUCAAAAGAGGGGUCGACAUGCACUUAGACUUCUCUGGAUUUUUCUACAGCUCUGUGGAAAUGUCGGAAGUCGUUUAAAUAUAAGGCCCGCUUUGGAUACAAAGCUGUAAAAAGAAGUUUCACAUCUGUGAAGUAGCCAUUAGGACAGGAGGCUCAGGAUGAAAAGAUGGCAACCAUGCUGUUUCCACCGGGUCCCGAAAGCUUGCACCGGUUCACUCGUGAAUCCUUGGCUGGCAUCGAGCAGCGGAUUGCUGAAGAGCAGGCCCGGAAGGCCAGGGACUACCAGGAGGACCUGGGUGACGUGGAGCCGCCCAAGCCCCGGGCAGACCUGGAAGCAGGGAAGCAGCUCGCGCGCAUUUUUGGAGACAUUCCAUCUGGACUGGUGGGGGUGCCCCUGGAGGAUAUUGAUCCAUUCUACUUCCAGAAUCAGAGAACUUUUAUAGUACUAAACAAAGGGAAGGCCAUCUUCCGAUUUAGUGCCACAUCUGCACUAUAUAUUUUUAGCCCUUUCCAUCCGAUUAGAAGAGCAUCAAUAAAGAUUUUAGUACACUCAUUAUUCAGUCUGUUCAUUAUGUGCACUAUUUUGACCAACUGUUGCUUCAUGGCCAUGUCAGAACCAGCGCAGUGGGCCAAAUAUGUUGAGUAUACCUUCACUGGGAUUUAUACAUUUGAGUCAUUGAUAAAAAUUCUGGCGAGGGGAUUCUGUAUUGGACCAUUCACCUUCCUGAGGGAUCCAUGGAACUGGCUGGAUUUCAGCGUGAUUGUCAUGGCAUAUGUUACUGAGUUUGUGGACCUGGGCAAUGUCUCAGCAUUACGGACGUUCAGAGUCCUACGAGCACUGAAAACUAUCUCGGUCAUCCCAGGCCUGAAGACUAUUGUGGGUGCCCUGAUUCAGUCUGUAAAGAAGCUGGCAGAUGUCAUGAUCCUCACUGUGUUCUGUCUGAGUGUGUUCGCCCUCAUUGGCCUGCAGCUCUUUAUGGGGAACCUAAGGCAGAAGUGUGUUCGCACCACAUCCCACUGCAUCAACAGCAGUACACCCUCCUUUUACAGCAACAGCUCCUUCUUCUGCAAUAACAAGACCUGGUCAUCCAUGGAAGAGUUCAUCACGAAUGAAGACAACUUCUAUAAAGAGGAUGGAGCUAAGGAUGCCUUAUUAUGUGGAAAUGCAAGUGAUGCUGGGAAAUGUCCAGAUGGUUUUCAAUGUAUUAAAACAGGACGCAAUCCAAACUAUGGAUACACCAGCUUUGACACCUUUGGCUGGGCCUUUCUCUCCCUCUUCAGGCUUAUGACACAGGACUACUGGGAAAACCUCUACCAUCAGACUCUUCGGUCUGCAGGGAAGACGUACAUGGUGUUCUUCGUGGUGGUGAUCUUCCUGGGUUCCUUCUACCUGGUAAACCUCAUCCUGGCAGUUGUGGCUAUGGCCUAUGAGGAGCAGAACCAGGCCACCAUUGCUGAGGCAUGGCAGAAAGAGAAAGAGUUUCAGCUUGCAAUGGAACAGUUAAAAAAAGAACAGCAGGCAGCUCAGAAAGCUCAGGAGGCUGAAUCUGUGGUGGCUCCUGACAUGUCUCCCUCAGCCCUACAUGAUGACAAAGAGCAUGAGGAACGGAAGAAAAGCCUGGGGCCUGUUUGCGAGGAGACAGAGAAUGAUGGCAAUGAAAAAACACCAAAGCUAGACACCAUUGAGGGAGUAAAGCAAACACAUACCUUGCUGGUACGUACUCUGUCCACGCGCACCAGACGAGGAAGCCAGGUCAGCAUCUUCAACUUUCGCCUGCGGAGCAAGGACUCGGAGGUGGAUGCUGAUGAUGAAUUCAGUGCUCCCGGCGAUUCGGACAGUCGUCCUGGCUCGCUGGUUCUGCCCUGGCAUGGACGCCGCACCAGCGCACAGAGCACGUGUAGCCACAGCUCCCAGGUUUUCUACCCAAGCCUCAACAUCAAUGGCAAACUGUUUGUGGCCAUGGAUCAGAACGGCAUCUCCAGCCCGGGGCCCAUGAGCCCCCUCUCACUGCCAGCAUGCACGAUGGAGAAGGUCAAAGAAGAAAGUGGACCAAACUCAGUGAGUGAGCUGAGCAGUAUGCUCCUCCCCCACAUCAUCUCCCAGGAGGGUAGAGACAGGACGCUGAGUGCUACCAGCUACCUCACUGACGCCAUGGAAGAGUUGGAAGAAGCCCAGCAAAAAUGUCAUCCCUGCUGGUACGUCUUUGCCCACAAGUACCUGGUAUGGAAGUGCUGCCCUGACUGGCUCAAGCUUAAGGAGUGGGUCAAGUUCAUGGUUAUGGACCCCUUCCUGGACCUGGCCAUUACUAUUUGCAUCGUGCUCAAUACACUCUUUAUGGCCCUGGAGCAUUACCCCAUGACAGACGAAUUCAACAGGAUGCUGUCCGUGGGCAACCUGGUCUUCACAGGAAUCUUCACAGCAGAGAUGGUCUUCAAGAUCAUUGCACUGGACCCAUACUAUUACUUCCAGCAGGGGUGGAACAUCUUUGACAGCUUCAUUGUUUGUCUCAGCCUGAUGGAGCUCGGCCUUUCAAAUGUGGAAGGCCUGUCUGUCCUGCGUUCCUUCAGACUGCUGAGAGUCUUCAAACUGGCUAAGUCAUGGCCCACCCUGAACACGCUUAUUAAGAUCAUUGGGAACUCCGUGGGCGCUUUGGGCAACCUCACUCUGGUUCUUGCCAUCAUCGUCUUCAUCUUUGCUGUAGUGGGCAUGCAGCUGUUCGGCAAAAAUUAUGAGCUGUGCGUGUGCAAAAUCUCCAAGGAGUGUGAGCUACCACGCUGGCACAUGAAGGAUUUCUUCCACUCCUUCCUGAUCGUGUUCCGUGUGCUGUGUGGAGAGUGGAUCGAAACCAUGUGGGACUGUAUGGAAGUGGCGGGCCAGCCACUCUGCAUUCUGGUCUUCAUGCUGGUCAUGGUGAUCGGGAAUCUGGUGGUGCUGAACCUCUUCUUGGCCCUGCUGCUCAGCUCGUUCAGUGCGGACAACCUCUCAGCGCCGGAUGAGGACGGUGAGAUGAACAACCUGCAGAUCGCCAUUGCCCGCCUGCAGAGGGCUAUGGGCUGGCUGCGCCGCGCUCUCUGUGACUUUUUCAAUGGCAACUUCAAGCGGCGCCGGCAGAAGGCCAAGGAGGCCCGGGCCAUGCUCAAGCUGAAGCGCCUCAGCCAGCAGGCGCAGCGGGCCGAGGGGAACGGCGCGGAGGGUACCAUUGGCCGCACCUCUGACAAGGGGACCGCUGCUGUCACUGCUGACGACAGCUAUAUGACCAACCCUAACCUGACCAUCAGUGUUCCCAUAGCACCCGGCGAGUCAGACGUGGAGUUCCCUGAAGAGGAUGAUGACGACGAGGCCAGUGAUAGCUCCGACGAGGAGGAGGAAGCAGAGACCAAGCCGAGUGAUACCAUCAGCCUGUCAGAGGGCAGCACAGUUGACCUGGGGAAGCCUGGAGAGGAGGAAGAUGAGUACUCUGAGAUGGCAGAGGAGGACCUGGACCCUGACAAUUGUUUCCCUGAUGUGUGCGUACGUCAUUUCCAGUGCUGUGAUAUCAACAUUAAUGAGGGUCUGGGAAAGGUGUGGUGGCGGUUGAGGAAGACCUGCUAUCAGAUAGUGGAGCACAGCUGGUUCGAAACCUUCAUCAUCUUCAUGAUCCUCCUGAGCAGUGGUGCUCUGGCAUUUGAAGACAUUUACAUUGAACAAAGAAAAGUCGUUAAAAUUGUGCUUGAGGUUGCGGACAAGGUUUUCACCUACAUCUUCAUCUUGGAAAUGACACUAAAAUGGCUCGCAUAUGGCUUUAAGAAGUACUUCACCAACUACUGGUGCUGGUUAGACUUUUUAAUUGUUGAUGUGUCUUUAGUAAGCCUCAUAGCCAACACACUAGGCUACUCUGACCUGGCUGCUAUCAAAUCACUUAGGACGCUCAGGGCUCUCAGGCCACUAAGAGCCCUAUCCAGAUUUGAAGGCAUGAGGGUGGUGGUGAAUGCUUUGAUCGGAGCCAUCCCCUCCAUCAUGAAUGUCCUACUGGUGUGUCUCAUCUUCUGGCUCAUCUUCAGUAUCAUGGGAGUCAACCUUUUCGCUGGCAAGUUUGGCCGCUGCGUCAACCAGGCGGGCGUCAUCUACAACUCCUCCCACAUCAACAACAAGACUGAGUGCAAGGCCAUGAAUGACACGCAGUACUAUUGGACAAAAGUGAAAGUCAACUUCGACAACGUGGGCGCAGGCUAUCUUGCACUACUUCAAGUGGCUACUUUUAAAGGCUGGAUGGAAAUCAUGUAUGCAGCAGUAGACUCACGAUCUGUAGAGGAGCAGCCAUUUAAGGAAAUCAACUUGUACAUGUACCUGUAUUUUGUUAUUUUCAUCAUAUUUGGAUCAUUCUUCACCCUAAAUCUUUUUAUUGGUGUGAUCAUUGACAACUUCAACCAACAGAAACGAAAGUUAGGUGGACAAGACAUCUUCAUGACUGAAGAGCAGAAAAAGUAUUAUAAUGCAAUGAAGAAGCUUGGUUCAAAAAAACCUCAAAAACCUAUUCCCAGGCCUUUGAACCAUGUACAAGGAUUCUUCUUUGACUUGGUGUCAAAACAAGCCUUUGACAUCAUGAUAAUGCUGCUUAUCCUCCUCAAUAUGCUGACCAUGAUGGUAGAGACAGAUGAGCAGUCCGGUAGCAUGGAGUCAAUCCUUUACAAUAUUAAUCUUGCCUUCAUUGUCAUCUUCACUACUGAAUGCAUCGUCAAGCUUAUCGGCCUCCGCUGUUAUUUCUUUACUGUCAGCUGGAACAUCUUUGACUUUGUUGUGGUCAUCCUCUCCAUUGUGUGUAUUGUUCUUGCAGAUAUCAUAGAAAAAUACUUUGUAUCACCCACACUUUUCCGAGUGAUACGAUUGGCCCGAAUAGGACGUAUCCUUCGACUCAUUCGAGGAGCCAAAGGAAUCAGAACAUUACUCUUUGCCUUAAUGAUGUCAUUACCUGCACUGUUCAAUAUUGGUCUCCUGCUCUUCUUGGUUAUGUUCAUAUAUGCCAUUUUUGGAAUGGCAAACUUUGCUUAUGUGAAGAAACAAAGUGGAAUUGAUGACAUGUUCAACUUUGAGACAUUUGGCAAUAGCAUGAUUUGCCUUUUCCAGAUAACAACAUCAGCUGGCUGGGACAGCUUGCUCAGUCCCAUUCUGAAUAACUCCCCGGAGGAGUGUGAUCCUGACAUGCCACACACUGGCACAAAUGCCCGGGGAAACUGUGGGAACCCUUCAGUGGGCAUAACCUUCUUUGUUACUUAUAUCAUAAUUUCCUUUCUCAUUGUGGUGAACAUGUACAUUGCCAUCAUCCUGGAGAACUUCAGUGUGGCCACAGAGGAGAGCACUGAGCCACUUAGUGAGGAUGAUUUUGAGAUGUUCUACGAGGUCUGGGAGAAGUUUGACCCAGAGGCCACUCAGUUCAUUGAGUAUGCCAAGCUUUCGGAUUUUGCAGAUUCACUGUCCGAGCCGUUGCGUAUUGCAAAGCCCAACAAAAUCAAGCUAAUCUCCAUGGACCUGCCCAUGGUGAGCGGUGACAAGAUCCACUGCCUGGACAUCUUGUUUGCUUUCACAAAGCGUGUGCUAGGAGAGUCAGGUGAAAUGGAUGCUCUCAAGCAGCAGAUGGAAGAGAAGUUUAUGAUGGCAAACCCAUCCAAAAUCUCUUAUGAGCCCAUCACGACAACACUACGGCGUAAGCAGGAGGAAGUAUCAGCCACUGUUAUACAGAGGGCCUACAGAAGGCAUCUAGUGCGGAGGCAGAUGAAGCAAGCCUCGUUCCUGUAUCGACAGCUUCACUUAGAGGGAGCUGCCAAAGAGGAGGAAGAUGCACCAGAGAAGGAAGGGCUCAUAGCAUCCAUGAUGAAGGAUAAUUAUGGACCUGAGGCUGAGGCUCUGUCCUCUACCUCCUCACCGCCAUCUUAUGACAGUGUGACAAGAGCCACUAGUGAGCUUUUCCAAACUCUAAUACCUGAGCCCAGGAACAGUGACCUGGGCAAAUCUUAUUCUGAUCUUGACAGAGACCGUGAGACAUUUCUGUAACAUUCAGCAAGAAAUGUUCUCUCAGACUUUAAUCUUGUUUCUUUUCUUUUGUUUACAGAAUGUAUAGCUCAACCAACACACAACUCAGUCUUGAUAGAAGUGACUGUGCAUAAAGACUGCAAGUUUUUUUUAGGACAAGUUGAUGUUUUCUCUUGUGGUUCACAUUUUGUUUGAAUAUACAAGGGGAAAGUGUACAUCACGUAGACAGUUCACAUCGACUUUGCUUCACAGUUCUUAUGCAUGAACGAGAUUCUGCAAUGGUCACUGCAGUUAUAUCACAGAUGUAAUAGUCAAAUAUUAGACUGAAAGAAAUGCAGUUUAUCAACAUUUACAAAGUAUGCCUGACCGUCUGAGUUCAUUAAAGGUCUUACUUAAAUCGGUGUGAUUUCCUUCUGAUAACAGAUUUACAAUAUGUAGAGGCAAGAAUAUGAUGAUAGUGGUAUAGCCUUGUAAAUGUUACAAGUCUUUCAUAUUUUUAAAAGAACAUUUUUGAUAUAACUAAGUAUGAAAUUUACCUCUGUACAAGUUGUCACUAGCGAUGAGGAGAAGAGCAAGAUGAUAGAUGGGAAUAUUUGGCACUACUUUGAUUUUAGCUUUGUGAAAAAAUUGUUUUUUCUUUUUUGUGUUUGUUGGUUUCAUUGUUUUGUUUUGGGUUUUUUUUGCUCACGUUCCCAUUUAUUUAAGACAGUCUCUUAAUAUCCUGGUCUGGAUUACAGGAAGCUGUAAUCAAGGCUAGUAAAAGACAAUCAAAACAUGCUUCACAUAGAUUAUCUUGUGUACAUCAUCUGUCUUUAACAAUGGCUACCAAAAGACUGCACAAGAUAAUCAAAAUGCUAUACAUUUAUACAUUUAGUAUAUCUAUUACACUUAUGAAGUAUUUGUUUUGCAUGUUCAAACGGCAUCAUUUAGUGAUGCAUUGACCACUUUCUUGUAAGGCUAAAUUAUUUUGCACAUUUGUUGAGCAAUAAUUUGCUACUCUUAGAUAAAAUUAGAAUAUUGAUUUAGAUAUAUUCAAAAGUACAAAUGGGUCUUUUGUACUAUGUCAGCAAGAUCCCUAAGCGGAACCUCUUGCUGUCUCCAUGGCUUACACUUUACUAUAAAAAAUUACAGUGCAUUUGUUUCAUAUCUCAGACUCAUAUUAAGAUAUUAAACUAUUCAAAAAUGUUUUUCAAGUCAGGUUAGAAGGUUUGCUGAAGGGCUGUUUUUGUAGCAAUAGACCCCAAGUGUGCCUGGUAGAACUUAAUUCUCUUUCCACUACAACAGACUCCUUACCAUCAGAAGGCACAGUAAAUCUGUUUUAUGCCUAAUUAGCAUAUCCAUUAUCAGUUACAUUUUCUGUAAUCCCACAAUUGAACUACAUUUUAUUGUAGUGUACAAUCAAAUUUUAAUCCAUCAUCACUUUUGAUCACUUCUACCACUUCAAAAGUGUAGUACAAGCAACUCUCAUCAGCAACAGCAUGUCAAAGUGCUACAAAUUUAAAUACAAGCCAUCUUUACCUGAUUUCUACAUAAUGUAAUAGAGAUGUAUAUAGAUAUUUUGUCAUAAUAUUAUUUGCUUUAAGUCUAAAAAACACUGCAACAGGUCUUCAUGUUUGACAAUGUGUGUUGCACUGUGUGCAAACAUGUUUAAAAAAUACUAGAAAAUAUAUUUUUAAUUUAAAACUGAGGGCUUGAACAAAAUCUGAAAUCAAGAAAGCAAAUGUAUACCAUUUUCUAGGAGAAACAGAUACUCCUAUUUACUUUCAGUCUGUGAGCCUAGAAAACAUACACAUAUCUCAGAAGUUCGGAGAAGUUGACAUGACAUUUUUGGACAUGGGUCCUUCAUCUGGAGGAUCUUGCAAGCAAACAUUCAAUUGAAAUUACAUUAAAAGUACAAAAAUUGUAUACCCUACAUAGAUGUGUGGGGUGUAAGUUAGUGUGUUUCUGUGGGUAUUAAUGUAAGCAUUUCCUGUGCUCACAUCACACAGAAGUAGACAUGACAACAUUUAUCCACUGUUUUGUUCAAUAUACAUAUGUGCUAACCUGAAACAAGAAAACAUAAGGCGAAUUUUUUUGAUGAAUUGCCUUUGCUGAAAUCAUUUUUGCACAGUAGGGGAGUCAUAUAUUACCUAGGAAAAAAAGGGUGUUUGUAGUGUGUAGGUGUCAUUUUACUGAGUCUGGGCAGUGUGGGGAUGGGUUGUGUACAUACCUUAACAUACCAUGCAGUGCAACUACCAUGUCUGGGGCAGAAGCAGAGGCUGUUGAUGUUAAUUGCUUGAUGUAAUAAUUACAGAGGCAGACAGUAAUGUGGGAUGGAGCAGACCAAAUUUGGUUUGGCAUCCAGAGAGGAGAAGCUAAGGUCCCACUCUGCUGAGUGCUCAGCAUCUCUCUUGACCUGCUCACAUCUGAUUUUACAAAACCAAAGUGUCUAGUCUGAUUGCUUUAGACAUAAAAUGAGAAAAGGUCAACUCAGUGCUCAGAGAUUAAACACUUGUUAGUAUUUGGACAUAGUUAUACAUAGGCAGGAAACCUUACAGUAUAAUGGUACUUAGCUUAAUUAGAUACUGUAUAUCUCUAGAUAAAAUACACCAUUAUCCCAAGCAUUAAUAAUGAAGAGGUCAGAUUCAGAAAAUGUUCAAAAUCCCUAAUUUUAAAACUGGAUAUAAAUUGUUAAAAAUCCUUCAAAAUUAAGUUCUUGACUACGUGUACAUAUAAUCUCCAGGGCAUUCACAGUAACCAUCGACAAUAGUGUGUUCAUUGAAAUACAACUUAACAUCUAUAGUAUGAACAUAUCAAACUAGGUUGCCUUUAAGAUGCAUGAUGGAUAAAGCAUGACCAAAUUUGUUCCUUGCAAAGAAUCUGGACAUUGACCACAAUUCUCAAAAUGUCUUAGUACAUUUACCAAUGACUCUGUCUGCAGUUUUUAUUUUUGCAUUCAUACCCACGUUUUCACUGAUUAGGGUUCACACAGUGUAUUCUACCACCCACAAAUAAAGCACAGGGAUACUUUUCUAUCUAUAUGUUUUCAAAAGAUACCGGUUUGUGCAAUACAAUAGGACAGAUAUGGGAAAUAAAAGGCAUAUUUUUGUCUAUGCUUUGCAUAUAUAAUGUACAAAUAUCAGUUAUCUCAAAGCAGGUGUAUUUUAUAAAUGGUAGAAUUUGCUAUAUUUACUUGCUAUUUUUUAUUUAGAAUUUUUCUAAGAAAAUUUAGUGAUCAAAUUCCAGGAGAUUUCUGCUGCCAUUUAAGGAUACAAGCAAUAUGGGUCUGAUGAAUAUGAAGGAAGUGAUCAAGGAUUAGGCUUCCAGAACUACAUAUGACAGCUAAUAGUCAGUAUAGAUGACCAAACAGGGCCAGAGGAAACAUUUGGAGUUCUAUAGACAUAUUUUUGAACUGUCUUUGAGGCAAGAGGAUGAUGAGGCAUCAAAGAUUUGCCCCUCAAAUCAUUUUGUGCCUGUUUAUUUAUUUACUUAUUUAUUUUUUACACUGUUAAGAUGUGCAUGCUGCAAAUGGCAAUUUUCUGCUUCCCUUGUCCCAAGCAAGGUUUCACAUUUGUUAAUCUCAACUGUGUGACCCCUAUUUUUUUGAUUGUUCAUUUGAAAUUUAAAAAAUGCAAAGAAGAUCUUGUCAGCUGUAUUACUACUAGUCAGGACAAAUACAGUCAAGGGGUUUGAGCUCUGGAAUCUAAAAACAGGUCCACAGUUUUGGAAAAGCACUGUUGCCAAUUAGAACAUGUAUAACUAUAGUAAAAUAAAUAAUAGGAAUAAAUAUUUGUUUGUGA